UGGGCCCGCUGCCUUGGAAACGUCCCGCGCCCGCUCCCCGCGAGGCACCCGUGUGGGACAGCAGUGUGGGGUGCGGGUUGCUGUGGGGUCACGAUGUUGAGUAAGGGACUGUCGGGGGUCCUUGCCGCCCGGGCCGCGGCUUUGCUGCCCGGGCGCGCGUGCCUGGGACUUCUGGGCGCCGGGCGCCGAGGGGUCAGCACCAGCUGGUCUCCCGUGGGUGCCGCCUUCAAUGUCAAGCCCCAGGGCAGCCGCCUGGACCUGUUUGGCGAGCGCCGGGGUCUUUUUGGAGUUCCUGAGCUCAGCGCCCCAGAAGGGUUCCGUGUGGCGCAGGAAAACGCCCUGAGAAAGACGGACCAGCUGGUGGCGCGCGCGUGUUCCACGCCGCCGGGGCCGCAGACCGUGCGCAUCUUCGACGAGCUCUCCGACGCCCUCUGCCGGGUGGCGGACUUGGUCUCGGGAGAGAGCCUCCAUCCAGCCCCUUUGGUUUUCUCUCCCCUCCAACAGGCCGACUUUGUGAAGAUCGCCCACCCCGAGCCAGCGUUCAGAGAGGCGGCGGAAGAAGCCUGCAGAAGCAUCGGCACCGUAGUGGAGAAGUUGAACACAAAUGUGGAAUUGUAUCAGAGUUUGCAGAGACUACUGGCCGAUGAAAAGCUCAUGGACUCCCUGGAUGCAGAGACCAGGCGCGUGGCUGAGCUCUUCAUGUUUGAUUUUGAAAUCAGCGGAAUCCAUCUCGACAAAGAAGAGCGCAGAAGAGCAGUGGACCUGAACGUGAGAAUCCUGGACUUGAGCAGCACGUUUCUCAUGGGAGCCAACUUGCCCACCAAGAUAGAGAAGCAUCUCCUACCGGAACACAUUCACCAGAACUUUGUUCUUGCCGGGGACCACAUCGUAGUGGAUGGGCUGCACGCAGAGGCCCCGGAUGACUUGGUGCGAGAAGCUGCUUACAAAAUUUUUCUUUACCCCAACGCCAGUCAGCUGAGAUGUUUGGAAGAACUGCUCAGCAGCAGAGACCGCCUGGCGCGGCUCGUCGGGUACCCCACGUACUCGCACAGAGCUCUGCGGGGGACGAUAGCACAGACCCCGGAGACUGUCAUGGAGUUCCUUGAGAAACUAUCUGACAAACUUUCAGAAAGAACUGCCAAAGAUUUUGAGAUGAUGCGAGGGAUGAAAAUGAAACUAAAUCCUCAAAAUUCGGAACUAAUGCCGUGGGACCCCCCCUACUACAGCGGCGUGCUUCGUGCAGAAAGGUACAACAUCGAGCCCAGCAUAUACUGCCCGUUCUUCUCCCUCGGCGCCUGCAUGGAUGGCCUCAGCGUCCUGUUCCACAGCCUGUUCGGGAUCUCGCUGUUCGCCGAGCCGCCCGCGAAGGGGGAGGUGUGGUGCGAGGACGUCCGGAAGCUGGCCGUGGUGCACGACACGGAGGGACUGCUGGGCCACAUCUACUGCGACUUCUUCCAGCGGGCGGGCAAGCCGCACCAGGACUGCCACUUCACGAUCCGCGGGGGCCGGCUGAAGGAGGACGGGGACUACCAGCUGCCCGUGGUGGUCCUCAUGCUGAGUCUCCCCCCGUCCUCGAGGAGCGCGCCGACGCUGCUGACGCCGGGGAUGAUGGAGAACCUGUUCCACGAGAUGGGGCACGCCAUGCACUCCAUGCUGGGGCGCACCCGCUACCAGCACACCACCGGGACCAGGUGCCCCACCGACUUCGCUGAGGUUCCUUCUGUCCUGAUGGAGUACUUUGCCAACGACUACCGCGUGGUUAGCCAGUUCGCCCGGCACUACCGGACGGGGCAGGCGAUGCCCAGAAACAUGGUGUCCCGCCUCUGCGAGUCCAAGAAGGUCUGUGCCGCAGCCGACAUGCAGCUCCAGGUCUUCUACGCCGCGCUGGACCAGACCUACCACGGGCGGCACCCGCUGAGCAGCUCCACCACGGCCCUGCUGCAGGAGGCCCAGGAGCGGCUCUACGGCUUGCCCUACGUCCCCAACACCGCCUGGCAGCUGCGCUUCAGCCACCUCGUGGGCUACGGGGCCAAGUACUACUCCUACCUGAUGUCCAGGGCCGUCGCCUCCAUGGUCUGGAAGGAGUGCUUCCUGCAGGACCCUUUCGACAGGGCCACCGGGGAGCGCUACCGGCGGGAGAUGCUGGCGCACGGCGGGGGCCGGGAGCCCAUGCUCCUGGUGCAAGGGAUGCUGCGGAGGCGCCCCUCCGUGGACGACCUGGUGAGCGCCCUCGUGUCGGACUUGGACCCGGACUUCGAGACUUUCCUCCUGGACUCCGAGUGACGGACGCGCCCGCCCCUCCCAGACCCCAGCCGCGUGGCCGCUGACCUUGCCGCUGACCUUGCUGCGAGUGCUGCCGCGGCCAGCGCUCCCUUCCGACCGCGGCGGUGUCCGCCUCGGUGCCCACUGCCGAAGAGCCUGAGACGGGCGGCGCGUGAAUAAACAGUGUGUGUGAAGUAA